AUGCAAGUAUUCGUUAAGACUCUCACCGGAAAGACUAUCACCCUCGAGGUGGAAAGCUCUGACACGAUCGACAAUGUCAAAGCCAAGAUCCAGGAUAAGGAAGGCAUUCCUCCGGAUCAGCAGAGGCUUAUCUUCGCCGGAAAACAGCUAGAGGAUGGCCGUACCUUGGCCGACUACAACAUCCAGAAGGAAUCCACCCUUCAUUUGGUCCUCAGGCUCCGUGGUGGUAUGCAGAUAUUCGUCAAAACCCUUACCGGAAAGACGAUCACGCUCGAGGUGGAGAGUUCUGAUACCAUCGACAACGUGAAAGCCAAAAUCCAAGAUAAGGAGGGAAUCCCACCGGACCAGCAGAGAUUGAUCUUCGCCGGAAAGCAGUUGGAAGAUGGCCGUACCCUAGCCGACUACAAUAUCCAGAAGGAGUCCACGCUUCAUCUUGUGCUCAGGCUUCGUGGUGGUAUGCAGAUCUUCGUGAAGACUCUUACCGGAAAGACUAUCACUUUGGAGGUGGAGAGUUCCGAUACCAUUGAUAAUGUGAAGGCCAAAAUCCAGGAUAAAGAAGGCAUUCCUCCAGAUCAGCAGAGAUUGAUCUUUGCCGGGAAGCAACUUGAGGACGGUCGCACCUUGGCCGAUUACAACAUUCAGAAGGAGUCUACACUUCACUUGGUCUUGCGUCUCCGUGGUGGUAUGCAGAUCUUUGUGAAGACUCUCACUGGCAAGACCAUCACAUUGGAAGUUGAAAGCUCCGACACCAUUGAUAAUGUGAAGGCCAAGAUCCAAGAUAAGGAAGGUAUUCCUCCGGACCAGCAGCGUCUCAUCUUCGCCGGAAAACAGCUUGAGGAUGGUCGCACAUUAGCUGACUACAACAUUCAGAAGGAGUCUACACUUCACUUGGUCCUCCGUCUACGUGGUGGUAUGCAGAUUUUUGUGAAGACGUUGACCGGAAAGACAAUCACACUGGAGGUGGAGAGCUCCGACACCAUUGACAACGUUAAGGCGAAGAUCCAGGACAAGGAAGGCAUCCCUCCGGACCAGCAGCGUCUCAUCUUCGCUGGAAAGCAGCUCGAGGAUGGUCGCACACUCGCUGACUACAACAUUCAGAAAGAAUCGACUCUCCACUUGGUCCUCCGUCUUCGUGGUGGUCUCCGAAAACUUGCUUCUUGCGUCUCUCUUAUGAACUUCCAAUAG